AUGCCCAAGCUCUUUGAUGCCUUGGGUGAUCUUACCCAAGGUGCACGUGUCGCCGCCGACACGGCUGUAUGGCUAGGCCGUUAUGCUAAACGGCAGUACAACAGCGGCAAGAAUGGCGUCUGUCUCCUGUGCAACAACCUCCAGCCAGCGAACCAUGAAAACACAUUCGUUUGGACGAGUUCUGGCGCCCAAAAGAUUGAUCGGUUUGGUCAAUCUGGCAAGGCAAUGGACAAGGGCUACGCUCUGGCUUUACUACUGGAGAACUUGUCGACGAAGGAACUACUUCGAAGCCGAGAGAUUGACCCCAGGACUGGCACGUUCGCAAGGGACUGCAAGUACUGCCGCUUGAUCUGUGAGGUAUUCGAUGCCUUCUUCAUUGAUGAGUGGAUGAGCUGGGUUACCGAAACCAAGAACAGUAUGCCCGUCAGCUUCGGUCUGAUGAUAAGGCAGGGUGCGCCGUUGAUCGUGACAACCAUCGGAUUUGUACACGACAAGUAUCUGAAAGAUGCCCGUGCAGAUGUCGAAAUCUACUGCAACUCGGCUUUUCCACCGAGCCUUGCACCGGGUCUGCCAGCACUGGGUCCAGCAAAUAUCCGGCAAGCAGACAGUAGUUCUGCCGCCAGCAUGUGGUUCAUCAAGGACUGCGUGUGGGAAUGUUGGGGCAAGCACCCGGCUUGUCAUAAUGUCGCCCGCACCUUCAUACCCACGCGACUCUUGUACGUUGGAAAAGAGGACACGGAUCUCCGUUUGUGUGAAACUUCCACUUGGAAAGACCCGGUUGCCUAUGCGGCUUUGAGUCACUGCUGGGGUGGAGGUACACCACUCUCGUUAACAAAAGACUACUUGGAGGACUUCAAAAGGCGCGUUGACUUCUCUAAGCUACCAAACACAUUCAAAGAUGCCGUCACUGUGGCACGAGAGCUGCAACUGUCUUACCUCUGGAUUGAUUCCCUCUGCAUCAUACAAGACAAAGAGGACAAAACAGACUGGCAGAAGGAGGCGGCGCGGAUGGCAGAUGUCUACAGUCAGGCCUUCAUUGUUGUCACAACCGCCUCGUCCCCAAAUCCAGAGACACCAGUCAUAGGACCGAGAGAAGAGGAGUGGCUACCGAAAACAUUCAAGUUUACGGCCCAUCACGACACACUGACAGGGGAUGACGUCCUCAUCGAGGCACGCAAGCGACACAUUUUGGCAGCCCCGCUCGAGCAAGGAUUACUUGAACCACCUUUCACUAGCUCAUGGGCCACGCUCAAACGCAUUGGACCGCUGUAUAACCGCGGGUGGUGUUUUCAGGAAUCGUACCUGGCGACUCGGAAUCUCCAUUUCACCCCAGGCGCAAUUGUCUUUGAGUGUAAAACACAUAGGCGCAGUGAAGACCAGCUGCCUCCGUACCCUUCCACCGUGCCAGGAACCGUUGGCAUUGUGGAUCCUGCUGAACAGUGGCGGAUGAUAGUGAAGUCCUUCACGUCCCGCCAGUUGACAUUCGGAACUGACAAGAUGCCGGCUAUUGGCGGAGCAGCUAGUGCAAUGCCGCAGGCGCGUACGAGCCGAUAUCUCGCUGGUCUUUGGUCGGAGUCGCUGCUCUUGGACCUUAUGUGGCAGGUGAUGCCAUGGCUGGUCUUGUCUGGACAGGAGAGCCAGUCGCUUGCUUACGAGGAUGGGAACGGAGGGCCACCGACAUGGUCAUGGGCUUCGAUCAAUUGGGGUGUGGUUUGGUCUCCGCUAAAGUCACCACAGCUAGUGGCCACAGUUUUGGAUGCUCAAACGAGCGUUGAGGGAGUGAAUCCCUAUGGGAAAGUGUCAUAUGGCGCGAUCAGGCUGCGAGGAAGACUUAGGCGAUGUCAGCUGAAGUCCAACAGCGCAUUGGAUCACGACGCUUUCUACACGCAGGUGGACGGUACCAACUGCAGGCCGCAGCAUUAUCGUACCGAUGGGCCACUUUCAUACGAGAAAGAGGCUGGCCAAUACGGAACUUUUGUUCGAAGAGGUCGUGCAGGGCCGUACACGAAUGAUCUGCAGACGACAGCAGUAGUGUUCCUCAUAGCUUGCAGUCCGCUUGUUGGACACAUAGGUAAGCAAUAUGCAGGCCUGGUUCUGGGAACCUCGCCACGAUUUCCUACAUGUAUGGAACGGGUUGGAGCAAUCUUCGGGUUACCUAAGCAUUGGUACGACAGCGCGGAGGACUCAGAAGUUACCAUAGUCUAG